AUGGCUCGCUUGAUUAUCAAGGAAAAGGACUACGGCAAUCAUCUGUUCCUGGUUCAAUUACGCAACCUUGAUUCCCAGGAGCUUAUGCCUGGUUGUGAGAUUUACGAGCUCGGCCCGAAGGCAUUCCAGGGUAUGCUGGGAACAGAUAACGGUGCACUUAGGUUUCCCAAUGUCCGCAUUCCUCGAAACCAAAUGCUGGCUAGAAACGUACAAGUUCUCAGAGACGGUACUUAUGUCCCGCCCAAGAAUCUCAAGCACUCAUACCGUUCAAUGGUGACGGUCCGCGCUCUAAUGGCAGAGAUCACGGGCUGGGACCUGCUAAAAGCCGUGGCUGUUGCUUAUCAUUACACCACCUUUCGAAAGCAAUUCUCGAGGAGCGGAAAUGACCAGGAAGCUCCGGCGUUCAAUUAUGCGAGUGUGCGAUAUCGACUGCUUCCACUCCUCGCCAAGGCAACUGCGCUUGUUGUCGUUGGUCAAGCCAUCAAACGCGCAUAUGAUGAAUAUACUGCAAAAUACCUUCGGACUGACAAAAUAUCUCAAUUGGAAGAUCUCCACCUUCAAACUGUUGGUGCUAAAGACUAUUCAACUGAGAUUACCGGAUAUGGCGUUGAAACUUGCCGAAUUGCAUGCGGCGGUCAUGGUUACAGUGCCCUCUCAGGGUUUGGCAGGAUCGGGACCGAAUCAUCUCUUCCCUCGUUCUCCUACCUUUCCGUUCUGCGCGACGCCACUUCGCCACAGCCACUGUGUAUCAGAUCACCUUCAGACUUGCUAAUGCGUGAUGCGCAGAGUUUUAUACUCGAACAGCAGGUGGCCAUCCUUGUACAGCAGCACAUGGAAGACACGAAGGCAGGUCGGGAUACCAGCUAUGCUUGUCAUGCACUGACAAUGGCACACGGAGACUUCAUAUAUUGGAAAGGAUUUUGGGAAGCUGUUGACAACAUACCCAGUGGCGAGCUCUACAAAGAGUCUAUGGUAGUAUUGGCGCAACUCUUCUCCCUCUCCAUCAUGACCUCGGCUCAUAUCGUGCAAUGUCCACUUCUCACAUUGACAGCUGCUCACCGUGCCUCGUUACGCUUGGCGUACGACGCGGUUAUUGUUGAAGUAGCAGAAAAACACGCACAGAAUGUCAUCAACGCGUAUGGCUUCACAGAAUUUGAGCUCGACAGCGCACUAGCGAGAAGCGACCAGUCCCCGUACGAAGCCCUUCUAGAUGGUGCCCAGAAGAGUGAGAUGAACCACAUGCAACAUCUGUGGCUCAUGAUGGUGGACACACGUAAGAUGUGGAAGCAGGCUCAACGGGACAUACAGAAAGAUGGAGUCAAAUCAAAGCUAUAA